AUGACGUCGAUCCUUUGGGCUUUACUCCUCAUCAGUAGCUGCCAAGCGGCAGAGAAAUUAGCGGCAUACAAUGUUGAUCCAGCAGAAACAACGGUUUCUGGUUUAUCAUCUGGUGCAUUUUUUGCCACACAACUGCACGUUGCCUUUUCUGCUUCAAUCAAAGGUGCAGGCAUUGUUGCCGGUGGUCCAUACGAUUGUGCUGCACAAAUGAGUUACGCAAGCUGCAUGUAUUCUGGUACUCCAUCAGUCACAAAAUCGAUUUCGAACACCAAAGCAUGGAGUGGAAAUAAAAUCGAUGAUAUUAAAAAUCUUGCUAAACACAAAGUUUACAUGAUAUCUGGUACAUCAGAUACAACUGUCAGUGCAUCAGUUAUGAAUCAAUUGUACAAAUAUUACGUAACCGAAAGUCAAUUUAUUCCUAGUGCAAACGUUGUUUACAAGAAAGAUCUGAAAUCUGCGCACACAUUCCCAACAGAUUUUGACGGAACAGGAAACAAUCCAUGUACAUCAACUAGCAGUCCAUACGUCAGCAACUGCGGUUUCGAUGGUGCGGGUGCUAUUUUAGAACAUAUGUAUGGAAGCUUAAAACCGAGAAAUAAUGGUGCACUAACGGGAAAGUUCAUUGAAUUCGAUCAACAGGAGUUUAUUGCCAAUGCACGAAGUGCUGGCAUGAGUACAACAGCUUGGGUUUAUGUUCCGAAAAGCUGUGCCAACGGCGACGUUUGUCGAUUACACAUUGCAUAUCACGGAUGUCUACAAGGUUAUGAGAAGAUCGGUGAUAAAUAUGUGAAGAAUACUGGUUAUAAUCGAUGGGCUGAUACGAAUAAUUUGAUUAUCUUGUAUCCACAAGCUGUCGCUACAACAUCACGAUCAGCAACACUUCGAGCACCUUUUCCCAACUCGAACGGCUGCUGGGAUUGGAUCGGAUGGUAUGGAACUGAUUUUAAUGUCAAAAGUGGAAAACAGUCAACAGCAAUGAAGAAAAUGAUCGAUCGAGUUGUCAGCGGUUUCAAUCCCAUUGAAGCACCAAGCCAACUUCAAGUCAAUUCAGUAACAGACAAUUCAGCGACAUUAUCAUGGAAACAAGUCACCGGUGCAUCAGGUUAUAACAUCUAUCGCAACGGAGGAAAAGUCAACAGUCAAGUUAUAACUAGUACGACUUACACCGACACAAACUUGAAUUCCGGUUCAACAUACACAUUUACUGUCAAAGCUGUUUCAUCUCAAGGUAGCGAAAGUGCUGCAUCGAAUUCUGUCAUCGUCAAAACAACAGGUGAAGCACCUGCCAUCGAAACUCCCAGUGGUUUAUCCAUUACUGGAACUACAAGCAACUCUGUUAGUCUACAAUGGACAGCUAGUGCAACUGCCGAACAAUACAAUGUUUACCGUGAUGGAAAUAAAGUUGCGACUGUAUCUGUCUCGUCCUACACCGAUACUGGUUUGAGUGCCGGUACUCAAUACAAAUACCAAGUUUCAUCUGUCAAAGGUGCCCAAGAGAGUGAUAAGUCUACAGAAGUGACAUUCACCACGCAAAUCCAGAAGGUUUGCUUCAGUGCGAGCAAUUACAAUCAUGUGACUGCUGGAAGAGCACGACAGAGCGGUGGCUAUGUUUUUGCCAAUGGAUCAAAUCAAAGUAUGGGACUUUACAAUAUCUUCGUUAUCACUAACCUAUGCCAAACACAAGAAAAUUAUUAUGUCAUCGAGUAA